UAGCUUCCUGUAGUUCUCAUCUCAGUCAGAACAAAGCUACCAAGUUGUGUUGUCAGCUAGCUAACCUCAAAUUGCUCAUCUACACCAUCAGUGUCUUUGUCAACAAUAAGUGUCCUCCAUAUUGUUGGGGAUAAUGCGGAAGUCAUUGUUUUUAGUCUUAGCAGCUGUUAUUAUUCAUCUUUGUCAGGCAAAGUUCAACUAUAAAUUGCCAAAUGGCGGAGAGAUUAAAGCAGUUUUAGUUGCUGGGUCCAAUUCUUACUAUAAUUAUAGGCAUCAGGCCGAUGUUUGUCAUGCUUACCAAAUACUGAAGGAAAAUGGAAUUCCCGACGAGAACAUUAUUGUGAUGAUGUACGAUGACAUAGCUUUCAGCGAUGAAAAUCCGGAAAAAGGUGUGGUCAUCAACAGGCCUGGUGGCCCUAAUGUGUACGAGGGAGUGAAGAAGGACUACACAGGGAAGAAUGUUAACAAGAAAGUUUUCUUUGAUGUUUUGCUGGGAAAUAAAUCAGCUGUCGCAGGAGUUGGAUCAGGAAGAGUUCUAGAAAGUGGUCCGAAUGAUCACCUGUUUGUCAACUUUGUGGAUCAUGGAGGUCCAGGAAUUCUUUGUUUGCCAUCCGAAGAUAUAAAAGCUUCUGAACUACUCGGAGUGUUAGAAAAGAUGGCAAAACAAAAACGUUUUGAGAAGAUGUUCUUUUACAUUGAAGCUUGCGAUUCUGGAUCAAUGUUUGACAAUUUGCUGUCUGAUGAUCUAAAUAUUUUUGUCAUGACUGCAGCAGAUCCACACGAGUCAUCCUACGCUUGCUUCUACGAUGAGAAACUACAAACUUACCUCGGAGAUGUGUUUAGUGUCGAAUGGAUGCAGGAUGCUGAAACUGAAGACCUGAAGCAGGAGAGUGUUAACCAUCAGUUUGAGAAGGUUCGGACUGAGACAAACACCAGCCAUGUAGAAGAGUAUGGAGACAUCGACAUCGGCAACACUAAAUUGAGCGAGGUCAUUGGCUACCGGAGUCAGCCCCUGGCUCGCUACCAGCUUGACUUUACUGAUGCCGUGCCUACACACCAUGUCCCGGUAGCAAUUCUGGGACGACGAAUCCAAGCUGCCAAAAAUUCUGAAGAAAAGAAGAAAUUACAAAAGGAACUCCAUGACAUGUUACAGUCACGGAAGGAGGUUAACAAUUUCUUUUUGAAACUGGUUCAAGAAGCUAUAACUCCUACCAACACAAAUCUCCUUUACCAACAGACUGUCUUGAACAGGCCAUCUCUGACAAAGAAGAAUCUUCCUUGUUAUGAAAAUGCCCUCACACAUUUGAACAACGAUUGUUUCAACAUUAGUGAUAAUCCGUUUGUCAGAUCACACCUUCACAAACUCAUCAACAUGUGUGAGGCCAUGUCAGAGGACCAAGUCAUCAGGAAGAUAAAAUCUUUGUGCCAAGGAAAAGCAAAACCAACUGGAAUUGUCUAGUUCAUGUUUUAUAUAAAAUAAUGUCUGUUGUUUUUUAAUUAUAUGUAUUUGAAUUGCUUUUGUGCUAUGCUGUAAAGAAUCAAGCUUUCAUAAUUCUUUGUGAUAAUUUUUGUUUAAUUGCAGUUUUUAUUGUUAAAUAGAUAAUUUUUAAUGAUCGUGAUUACAAAAUCUUUGAAAAUGUAA